AUGACCCCUGCCGAGCCAACAUGGAAACGAGUUGCAAAAUUCAUCAUUGCCCAAUGGCUCAUCAUCGGCAUCGGCAUAGCUUGCCUCCUCGCAUACUUGUUUCCGAACGUCGCUAAACACGGAGGAAUUAUCCGCUCGGAAUAUAGCGUUCUCUACGGCGCCGUUGCGAUUGUCUUCCUCAUUUCGGGCCUGAGCAUUUCGCAGGAGAAACUAGUCCGGCAACUUUUCAACUGGCGCCUUCACGUUCUCGUGCAGGCCACUUCGUUUCUGUUCGUCCCUGCAGUCGUCCUAGCCGUCGUUCAUGCGAUUCUUGCCGGUGACCACGAUGCACGCAUUGAUCGUGCGGUGUUGGCAGGGUACAUUUUCACUGCAUGUAUUCCGACGACGAUCGCCUCGAAUGUGGUUAUGACGAGGUCUGCGGGAGGAGACGAUGCGGCUGCGUUGGUGGAAGUUUUAAUCGCGAAUCUGCUGGGACCGUUUGUGACGGCAGGGUGGACAGUGACGCUGUUACCAAAGUCGAAGGAGUUCGACAUCUGGCGGGAUGGAGACGGGGACCUAACGUCAAUGUAUCGCGAUGUGUUCAAACAGCUGGGUCUUGCGGUGUUGCUGCCUCUGGCCGUGGGGCAGUUGGUGAGAUUUCUGUGGUCUAAACAGACGGCGUAUGUGAUGCAAAAGUAUAGGAUUGCGAAGCUUGGGUCGGCAUGCCUGCUUCUCAUGAUCUGGACGACGUUCUCAUCGUGCUUUGCAACAGGAGCCCUCGAGGCCCUCUCAACCGAAACCAUUGUCUUUGUCACCUUGUUCAACAUUGCCCUAUACGUUUUCCUAACAGCCGUAUGCUUUGCUCUCUCUCGGCCGCCUCAAAGCCUGUGUCGUAGGACCACGUUCGACCGAUGGCAGAUCUUCAAACAGAUCCCUCCGGUGGAGGCCAUUGCAGUGUGCUUUUGCGGUCCUGCAAAGAGUACGGCUCUCGGCAUCCCUCUGCUAUAUGCAAUGUGGACACCAGUCGAUCUGUUUUUGAAAGCAAAAACUUCAGUUCCUGUUCUGUUGUAUACGACGGAACAAAUGUUUGUAGCCCACUUUUUCGUUCAGGCAUUUCGAUGGUGGACACGACGUCUUGACAAACGCCGCGACUGGGAGGAAGCUGCUGGAGAUAGGCAGCAAUCGCAUGCUUCUCCCUCUGAGGUAGCACAGAGUGAGGUAAAAAGCAGUGAUAUGAGGGAGUCUCAGACGGGUAAUGCAAAUGCUCCGUGA